CGGCAGAGGAGGCGCGCCCUGCAGGCAGAACAGUGCCCCCCGGCUGAUGGCCCGCGGCCUGAAGGCGCUGCAGGACAUGGCCAGCCGGGACUCCCGGGUCUGCGAGCGGAAGUCGAGCUCCCUGAGCAGGCAGGCCCAGGCCCGCAGCCCGCACUGCAGGGUGACGCUCAGGCAGGACUCCGGCUCCGAGGACGCCUGCUUCGCUGCCAAGCUGGAGGAGCUGUGGCACCUGUUCCUCAUGCGGCCUGGCUGCCCCCAGUUUAGCACCAGGGCCACGUCCAUGACCCUGUUCGGCCCGGCCACGACAGCCCCUCUGCCCGGGCAGCUGUGCAGGGACGUUCCCGCCUUGAAGACCACGGAGGACCUGCCCCCCAGGCAGCCGCCGGAUGGGCGCCCCCUUCCCUCCAGCAAGAGCGCCUGCGAGUUCCGCAGCCUGCACAGCCCCGCAGCCCGCAGCCCGGACCUGGAGCACAGCUGGCCCGGGAGGCAGGUGCCCUGGUACAUCUCCGUCAUCCACGAGAAGGACCACAGCCUGGUCUUGCUGGAGGCGGAGGUCCAGCGCCUGUCCCAGCUGGAGGCGCAGGUUCAGAAGAAAGACGAAGAGCUCUUGGAGCUGCAGGGCGAGAAGGAGAUGCUGAAGAAGCACCUGAAGUGCCUCCUCAGGAGCAAAGGCCAGGACACGGCGCAGCCCCCCGAGUCCCGGUGGAAGCUGCCCGUGAAGCUGAGCGUCACCAAGUCCUUCGUCAGCGAGGAGGAGGAGCUGGGGCGCUGGCAGCAGGAGGAGCGCCCCGCGGGCGGCAGGGCCAGCGACGCGGACGCGGGCCCCCGCGAGGAGCCGCCGCGCCCGGAGGAGGCGGGCGGGCCCGCGGGCGAGGCCGGGGCGGCGGCGGCGGAGGAGCGCGCGGCGCAGCUGGCGGAGGAGGCGGAGGGCGACGGCGGGGCGCCGGGCGGGCCGGCCGCGGGCGCGGGGCCCCCCGAGUGCCCGGACGACGCCUUCGAGCAGGAGCUGAUGGCGCAGCUGCAGGAGUACGAGCAGGCCUUCCGCGAGCUGCAGCUGCAGCUGGAGGUCGCCAGGAGCAGAUACUCGCUGGCCGUCGGCGCCAUCACGUCUCUCCAGCGGCAAGUGGACUUCCAGGAGGCCCAGCUGCAGAAGGCCGCCAUGGACAACCAGAUGCUGGAGAAGGAGCUGCGCGAGCGGAAGCUCCAGCUGCAGGCCAUGUCCCACAAGUUCUCCAACCUGCGGGAGGACAAGAAGCACGAGGAGAUGCUGGGGCUGGUCGAGAAGGACAACCUGCUCCUCCAGCAGCAAGUGCUGGAGCUGGAGCUGGAGCUGAGGACGCGGGACCACACCAUCUCGGAGCUGGAGGCCAAGGUCGGCCAGCUGCAGGAGCAGGCAGACCUGCAGCAGAAUCACCUGCAGCGGUGGAAGCACCUGCAGGAGGAGAUGCAGAACAAGCACGAGAUGGCCCAGCAGGCCGAACAGCAGGCCAGCGUGGCCCUGGAGAGCUUCCACUCCCGGCUUGAAAGGCUCAGAAGUAAGAUCAUCCAGGCCACCUUCAGCACCACCGGGGCCAAGUCCAUGAACAGCGAGAUCUCUGACAGCGACAUCCUGGAGGCCUUGCAGACCAUCAUCACGGAGAGGUCCGAAUACUACAACCAGCUGAAACAGAAGGGGGUCAAGGUGCCCCCCCUGCACCAGUCGGAGGUCAUAUCCGCCCCCAGCAAGUCCAAGAAGCCGGCCCCCAAGUAGGCCAGCGGGAGCCCCGCCCGCCAGCAGGCCCGACCCGGGCAGGCCGCCCCCCCGGCCGCCCCCCUUCUCUGGGGUUCAGAAUUAAACCCUCUUGCACCGU